GUUCAGCGAGAAUUUCUGUCGUUCUAAUUAUUCAGUCUAAAAUAAGAUUCACAGUAAUGACUUCAGCACUUUUUGAAUAUAAAAACAUAACCGAUCCAAUUCAUCUUGCAACUAAAGUGGAAAGAGCAGAAGAGGACUAUAUCUUGGUUAAACCGAAAUCAUAUGAAAAUGUUCCGAUUGAAAACUGGAUCCCUCCCGCCUAUUGCUAUACGAAGAGAUUCCAGUCAUAUGAAGAUAAUUUAUUCAACUUUGAAGUAAGGAAAGACGAUGUGUGGGUAUCGUCAUUUCCCAAAAGUGGAACUACAUGGUGCCAGGAGAUGGUGUGGCUCAUUUGUCAUGAUUUGGACUUUAAAGCAGCUAAAUCUGAACCACUCAGAACCCGGUUUCCGUUUUUAGAAGUUAGCCUAAUUCAUGACACGUUAGAUGAACUGAAUUCAUUCGAAAGAGCUCGUAAUACGCCAUCACCUCGUUUCAUUAAAACACAUUUACCAGUCUCAAUGUUACCGAAACAAUACUGGGAAGUUCUUCCUAAAACAGUACACAUUCAUCGCAAUGUAAAGUCUGUUGCUGUUUCUUACUUUCAUCAUUCAAAAAAUAUUUUCUAUAAAGGAACUAAAGAAGAGUUCAUACGAUCGUUUAUGAAAGAUUUGCAGUUUUAUUCACCCAUACAUAAUCAUGUUACAGGUUAUCAUAAAUUGACCAAUUGCAAAAACAUAUUGUAUUUGAAAUAUGAAGACAUGAAAUCAGACCUGAGAGGUUGUGUGGAAACGGUUUGUCGUUUCUUUAAUCGCUCCUACGACGAUGCUGCAUUGGAUCUUUUAUGCGAACAUCUUUCUUUCGAUUCAAUGAAACAAAACUUGGCGUGCAACUAUGAGAAUAAAGAUGAUCAUGGAUGGCAGAGUAAACACUGCGACGAAAGAUUUAUUCGUAGAGGACAAAUUGAUAGCUGGAACGAAGAACUAUCCAAAGAGAUGGUGGAAGAUCUGGACCGUUGGACGCGUAAUAAUGUACAACAGGAAAAUUUAUUGAAUUUAUUCAUAUGAAAACACUUUUAUCUCUUGAUAUUAUCAAAUUUUAUUUGAAUACAUAAUUUAUAAUACGGAUAA